UUCCCUGGCGCAUUCUCUGUGCAGACCUUGACCGAGUAACAUCUCUCUGACUGAAGAUCGCGGGCGCGCGCUGGAAGUAAAAAAAAACUAUUAGUGGUUAGCGGUCUUAAACAGUACAGAGUAUACGUACCGAAAGCAAGUUCGUCGCUUUAGGCCCGCUUGAGUCUCUUCCGUGGAGUGCGUUUAGUAUUAUUUUUAUCCACCGACCGGUGCAAGUGAGUGAUGCUUAUGGAGUGAAGUGUGUCUUCUGCGGUGCAAGAACGGUCCAGAACCUGGCUAAACUUUGAAGGGACAGCUCGCUGCGAUAGACCAAUUAGUGCAAGAAACACACGAUUAACGACAAUUGCCGUUCGCAGCUCCAAUUUACGUGAUUGGCAUUGUCCAGCACCGUCAUUAUACCGCCUCGCGAUACCGUAUUUACCGGGACAAUCAUUCCGACACAGAGCGGAGAAACAAUAAAAUCUGCUGGCUGGCCGCAUAUUGGCAUAGCGGAUCGACCGCAAAGAACAAGAAAUUGAAACAAAUUGGAUUAGCGCGAAUCGCACAUCCAAUAAAAGAAGGGAAAGGUAGUAGAAGCACGAGAAGUUGUGUGAAGAAAAGAAAAAAGCAUCCCAUACAAAAAGCAAGGCGUAUCACAUUUUUCCGGUGGAUGACCGCGGCCAGAUAACAAGAUACAGUUUAUCGGAGAACGAUCCCAUUCCGGAGCUAUAGAGGAAUAGAAUAGAGGGCUUGUGAUAUAGCUCAGUUGGCAAGUCUUCGAGCCCAAGAGUGAACAUCGAACACAGUUGUACCGGAAAAACCACACACCGCAACAUGCGCCUACCGAUGAUGGGAUCGCCAAAAGGGGCCACCGCCGUAUUAUUAUCGUUAAUGUUUAUGAUAAUCACGAUGGCCAACAUAGCUGGAGCAAGCAGCCUGGGCAAGCUGAGGAAGGCCGGUGGAUCCAGCGCCAGUGGAGGGAACGGCGGAGGAAGCAAACCCUCCCUGACCACCUACGAUCAACGCCAGACGGGCAAGUACAACAUCCACGUGAACAUCAAAGACGUGCAAAUCAUCUCGGUCGAUGGGGAUAAGUUCGACGGAGAAUUUGGGGAUGACACCAUCUACGACUAUGGAGACUACGACUACGACCCUUCCCAUUUGACCGUUAAUCCACUGCCAAUAUUCGGAGGAGGCGGAGCCACAUCGCCCAAACCACCUAAAUCGACCACUAAAACACCGGUUUCAAUAACUUCAACGAAGAAGACCACUACUUCAAGACCAACAGCAACAACAACAACGGCCAAACCAACGUCCUCCCCGAUGAUUGUCAGCCCUAUUAAGGGCGAAUCGAACAGCAGCAACAAACCUGACGAAUUUCAAGCCCUUUCAGCUCCAGGAGUGACUCUUCCUCCGCCCAGCAAUAUCUACAUCUUCAAACCUACCCCCAACUAUCAUCCCAGCCCCGUCCAUUACGACUAUCAGGAGAUCCCAGUAGAGGUCAUCGUAGAACCGGUGCUUAAACCCAAAUAUCGCAACGCCAAUCCCCAGAUUUCGGUUGCAGGUCGACGAAAUCGCUAUCGCAAGAAUUCGAUCGAUAUGGGUCGCAACAAUCAGCAGCAGCACGUGGAACCCAUCGAGGCCAUCCCCAGUGGGAGCGGAUCGGCUGAACCCGAAACUAGGGAACCCUUGGAAGCCACACCCUGCCGGCAUGGGGAAUUCCGCGAUCGGGCUGGUAAAUGUCGCACUCGAAGAUCGGGAAUAUUGAGGCUUCUUAAUCUGCUGACCGCAUCCUUGAGGGAGAAAGCCGAUGACUGAAAACAACGAUCCUUCCAUCAAGACUGGAAUAAAUUAAACACGUCGUAUACUUAAUUUUUUUAAACAGUAUUUCCUUUGGUACAUUUAUCUUCGAAGAAUGUUCGAGAGGUUUAAACGUAAUUUUUAAAAUUAAAAUAACUUAUAGAUUUA